AUGGCCGUUCGAUCGUUUCUGUCUUUUGAUAAUCAUUUUAUUGUGUUUUUUAAUAAUUCUGACGCCUUUUUCCUUUUCCUUUUAUUGCUUUUGUCUUUCUUCUUCUUGCUUGUGUUUUUCUUUCUUUUUUUCUUAUCUUCCUUCUCUUCAUUUGUCUGUUCUUUCUUUUUCAUUCAGUAUUUGUUACUUUUCUUUCGUUUUAUCUAUUCAUUUGUUUUCUUUUUUUUAUCUUCCAACCUAUUUUUUCUUUUUUAUAUAUUGAUUUUUCUAUGUAUUUCAUUCUACUUUCUAUCUCAUCUCUCUUUUUGUAAUCCCCUUUUUUAUUAUAUAUUUCGUUUUUCUUUCUCUUUCCUUUUGAUUUCUUUCUUUCUUCACGUUUCUUUUUUAUUUCUUUAUUUGUCCAUUCUUUCUUUCUUUAUUUCGUUCUCCUUUCUUUUUACUUUUCUUUUUCUUUUCGCCCUUUUAUUUCCUUGUACAUAUCUUUCUUUAUUUAUUUAUUCUCUUCUCUACUACUGUCAAUUCAUUUCUUUGUAUUUCUUUCGAUUUCUUUCUCUUGUCUUCUUUCUUUACGUCUUUUUUUCUUUGUGGCGAUUCUUGUUAUAUUUAUUGUCAAUUUUCUUUCUUUUUCUUUCCCUUUUUUUUUCUUUUUCUUUUUAUUCACUUUUCUUCUUCUACUUUUUUUUUUUUUUCUUUUUUCUCUUCAUUUUCUUUUACUUCCUUUUUCUUCUUCUUUUUCUUCAUUUUAUUUUUCUUCUUUUUUCUUUAUUUACUUUUUUCUUUUUUAAAAUUUUUUUGUUCUUUUACUUCCUUUUUCUUCAUUUUAUCUUUCUUUUAUUCGUUUUCUUUUUCAUUUUCUUUUUCUUAGUAUAUUUCUUCUUUUUUCUUUUUUUUUUUCUUCUUUUCUUCAAUUUAUUUUCUUCCUCUUUUUUAUUUUCUCCUUUUUCUUCAUUUUAUUUUGAUUCUUCUCCUUUUCUUCUUUUUUUUUCUUCAUUUUCCUUUUCUUCUUCUUCUUCUUCAUUUUCUUCUUUUCCCGUUCUUCGUUUUCUUUUUCUUCCCUUUUUUAUUCGUUUUCUUCUUCUUCUAUUCUUCUUUUUUUUUGUCUUUUUCUACUUCUUUUCUUCAUUUUCUUCUUCUUUUUCUAGAUUUUCUUUUUCUUUUCUUCUUCAUUUUCUUUUUGUUCUCCUUUUCUUUUUCUUCUUCUUCCUCUUCUUCUAUAUUUUCAUUCAAUUUCUGGCCAUCAACAUCAUUACGGGGGGUCAUCAUUGUUAUCAACGAUUCGAUUAUUCACGCUUGCGUUUGAAUUUUAAACUCAUUUUUCGAUUCCGUAUAUUUACAUUUUUUCCUUUUUUCUUUCCCUUUUCUUUUCCUUUUCUCUUUCCGUUUUACUUUCUCUUCUCUUUUUUUCUCUUUUUUUCUCUUUUCCGUUUUACUUUCUCUUUCUCUCUUUCCCAUUUUUUCUUUUUUCUUUCUGUUUUACUUUCUCAUUCUCUCUUUCUUUCCGCUUGUCUUUCUCUUUCCGCUUUUCUUUCUCUUCCUCUCUUUCUUUCCGCUUUUCUUUCUCUUUUUCUCUUUCCGCUUUUCUUUCUCUUUCUCUCUUUCUUUCCGCUUUUCUUUCACUUUUUCUCUUUUAGUUUUACUUUCUCCUUCCCCUUCUAUUCCUCUCUCUCUUUUCGUUUUUACUCUUUCCCUCUUUCUAUUUUUCUUUCACUUUUUCUCUUUCCCUCUUUCUUUCCAAUUUUUUUUUUUUUUCUCUUUCCAUUUUUCGUUUCUCUUUCUCUUCCUCUCUUUCUUUCCGCUUUUCUUUCUCUUUCCUUCUUACUUUCCAUUCUUCUUUCCUUUAUUCUCUUUCCGUUUUUUCUUUCUUUUUCUCCUCCUCUCUUUCUUUCCGCUUUACUUUCUCUUUCUCAAUUUCUUUUCCAUUUUUCUUUCUCUUUUUCUCUUUCACUUUCUCUUUCUCUUUUUCAUUCUCUCUUUCUCUCUUUUCUUUUCUCUUUCAAUGUUUUGGUUUUUUUCCGUCCUUAUUUUAACCUGUUACCUUAUCUAUCUAUCUAUCUAUCUAUCUAUCUAUCUAUCUAUCUAUCUAUCUAUUCAUAUCUAUCUAUCUAUCUAUCUAUCUAUCUAUCUAUCUAUCUAUUUCGGUCUAUUCAUAUCUAUCUAUUUCGGUCUGUUCAUUAUCUAUCUAUCUAUCUAUCUAUCUAUCUAUCUAUCUAUCUAUCGAUUUAUCUAUCUAUCUAUUUUCUAUCUAUUCAUAUCUAUCUAUCUAUCUAUCUAUCUAUCUAUCUAUCUAUCUAUCUAUUAAAUCAUCUUUGUUCUCUAUUUAUCUAUCUAUCUAUCUAUUUCGGUCUAUUCAUAUCUAUCUAUCUAUCUAUCUAUCUAUCUAUCUAUCUAUCUUGCUCUAUUCAUAUCUAUCUAUCUAUCUAUCUAUCUAUCUAUCUAUCUAUUAAAUCAUCUUUGUUCUCUAUUUAUCUAUCUAUCUAUCUAUCUAUUUCGGUCUAUUUAUAUCUAUCUAUCUAUCUAUUUAUCUAUCUAUCUAUCUUGGCUUUCCGCCUUGUUUGGGGUGAAACGCUUAAAAAACCCUGUAAAUAUUUGAUAUAUAAUACAAAUCUAUUCUUCUUGGCUCAUAUUUAUUUACUGACGAAUUUAUUAUUCUGCUAUUCUUUCAUUCUCGUCUUCAUUCAUAUUUCUUUCCUUCUUUCACUCUCUUUCUUCCUAUUCUAUAUCACCUUCCUUUUUUUCACUCUGUUCCUUUUUCCCUCUAUUUUUCAUCCUUUUCUUUCCUCCCUUAACUCUCUUUCUUUUUCAUCCAUAUUUCUUGCCAUUUUCAACCUCUUUCUUCUUCUUCCAUAUUUCCUUCUUUUUUUUCAAUCUCUUUCUUUUUCAUUCAUAUUUCUUUCUUUCACUCUCUUUCGUCUUCAUACAUGUUUUUUUCCCUACUUUCCUAUUCUUUAUCAUCACUCUCUCUCCCCAUCUCAAUCUCACUCUCUUUCUCUCUCUCUCUCUCCAUCUCAAUCUCACUCUCUUUCUCUCUAUCUCUCUCUCCAUCUCAAUCUAACUCUAUUUCUCCCUGUCUCCAUCUCAAUCUCACUCUCUUUCACUUUCUCUCUCUCUCUCUCUCCAUCUCAAUCUCAAUCUCUUUCUCUCUCUCUCCAUCUCAGUUUCACUUUCUUUCUUUCUUUCUCUCUAUCUCUCUCUGCAUCUCAAUCUCAAUCUCUUUCUCUCUCUCUCCAUCUCAGUUUAACUCUCUUUCUUUCUCUCUCUCUCUCUCUCUUUCUCUCUCUUCAUCUCAAUCUCACUCUCUUUCUCUCUCUCCAUCUCAGUCUCAUUCUCUUUCUUUCCCUCUCUAUCUCUCUCCCCAUCUCAAUCACACUCUAUUUCUCUCUCUCUCUCUCUCUCUCCAUCUCAAUCUCUCUCUCUUUCUUUUAA